AUGAGGAUGACUUUGCGUAAAGGCUAUUUCUUGAUGUUAUUGCACAGUUUACUAUACAUAUCGAGUGAUAGUUUCACAAAUUCUGGUUUCCACCCAGUUGACAACAUUCGAAAUCACGAUUGCUCUUGCUUCGGAAACAAUCAUCGAUGGGUAGAUCAACACACAAAACAAGUAUUAACAUUCGGACUUGUUCCAUCAGCAGUGACUGGAGUGAUACUUGCCAUGAUUAUUCUCAAUAUCAUCGUCUUUAAGUUGAGUCAACUUCAUGAAACCAACGACAAAAAACCACCAUCUUUCUCACAGGAACAUCUAUGCCGCUGGUUUCCACUUACAGACAUGAGAGUAGCAACAAACAAUUUCAGUCAAGAUAUGGUGAUAGGGAAAGGUGGAUUUGGUAAGGUUUUAUGUGGGCGUCCUGCGAUUGAUCCAACUCUUGGGGAUAAUGAACUCGGUCUAGUUGGGUGGGCCAUGGGGUUCAUCAAAGAAGGAAUGUUGAAUCAUAUAAUUGACCCGAGUUUGAAGGGCCAAGUCAUCCCUGAUUGCUUAGAAGCUUUUGUGGGAAUCACAGAAAAAUGCUUAAAGACUCGUCCAAAAGAACGCCCGACUAUGACUGAGGUGGUAGUCGAACUUGAAGCUGUGUUGGUGAUGCAAGAGAAAGCGAAUUCUUUUGUACUCGAAAGUUGUAGUCGUUAUGAGAAUGAAGAAAAAGGAAAUUCGAAUGUGAAGAGUGGAAAGAUAACUGUGUCAAGGAUGUUGCGGAGUAUGUUUGCAGUGAAAACCUCUGCCACACUUGUCGAGCAACCGGAAAAGAAGAAAGGGCAAAGUAUAUGCCUUCUUCCGUGUACAUUGUCUAACAAGGACGAUUUACUAAGCAACACUACAAAUAGUUUCCAUGAAGUUAAUUUCAAACGGGAAGUUAUAAAUUCUCGUUUAAAAGUAUUCACUGUAGCUGGACUUAAAAUUGCUACUAGGAACUUUAGUCAUGAUAUGAUUGCUGGUGAGGGUGCCUUUGGAAAAGUUUUCAAAGGAUGGGUCGAUCACGAAACAUUUUCUCCUUCAAAAGUUGCUUCUGGGAUGGCUGUUGCUGUUAAAAAACUCAAUACUGAUGGUUAUCAAGGAUUCCAAGAAUGGCAGGCGGAGGUGAAGAUUUUAGGCAGGUUGAGUCAUCCAAAUCUAGUCCAUUUAAUAGGAUAUUGCUGCGAAGAUAAGGACCUAUUCCUCAUUUACGAAUUUCUGAACAAAGGGAGCCUAGAAAAUUACAUAUUAAAAAAAGGAUCUGGACUAGAGCUCCCAUGGUCAAUGCGACUCAAAAUCAUGAUCGGAACAGCUCAAGGACUUGCCUUUCUUCAUAGUGCCGAGAACCAAAUCAUAUUUCGUGAUUUGAAGAGUUCUAACAUAUUGCUUGAUCAGGAUUUCAAUGCAAAAAUCUGUGAUUUUGGUUUGGCAAUACAUGGUCCAACAAAUGGUAAUACACAUAUUAUGACAGAGGUAAUGGGGACACAUGGGUAUGUCGCUCCUGAGUACGUUGCAACAGGUCAUUUGAAUGGGAAGAACGAUGUAUAUGCUUUUGGAGUGGUGUUACUGGAAAGUCUUACGGGUCUACGGGCUAUUGACAAGACACGGCCCAACAAGGAGCAAAAUCUGGUGGAAUGGAUAAGGCCAAUGCUACAUAGUAAAAGAAAGGUGAAGACUAUAAUAGACCCGAGCCUUGGUCAUGACUACCAGUUGAAAGCUGCCUAUGAGUGCGCUGCACUUGUUUUAAGAUGUACUCAACCUGAAUCAAUACAAAGACCAUCUAUUGAACAAGUUUUACAGAGCUUAGAGGGAAUUAGUGGUAUCAUAUGA